AUGGCUUCAUUGCAGUCGGCGCCAAAUGUGGCGCCCGGCAACGUGAGCUUGCCGCCUAACCUGACGCCGCAGCAUGUUCAAGAAGUUCUGCAUAAAUUCAAGCAGAUGCAAGAACAAGGCGUUCGCCACGAUGACCCUGAAUACCUGAAAGCCCAUAACCUUCUUUCUGCCAUCCAACGGCAGCAAGUCUAUCAAAAGCAGCGACAAAUGGCACAGCAGCGUCAACAACAGAUGAACGGUGGUGCUGCCCCGGACCCCACCGCCAAUGGUGCCCACGCUCGCACUGGCUCAGCUUCCUCGGCAACUGGCGCCGGUCAGGACGCUCUUGCUACUGCCACUCAGCCUCAGACUGCAGGACAGAAGAAAGCUUCGGUCAGUAGUGGUAGCUUUUCGCCAGAGCAAUUGGCCACCCUUCGGAAUCAAAUUCUUGCCUUUAAGAUGCUGUCGAAGAAUCUCGCCAUCCCGAAUGCCGUUCAACAACAGCUCUUCGCGUCCAAGAAAUCCCAGACGCCCACUCCUGCGGAGAAUGUUGCUUCAGCUGAGAGUAUUGUUGAGAAUGCGGAUAAAAGUGGUGGACAAGCUGCCGACCGUGCCGAAGCUACACCGGGCAAGGAGUGGUACGAUAGCUUUCAGUCCCCCUACGACUCGCUGUCAAAGACUAUCAGCUAUACCGACCACGCCAGUCGCGCAAAUCGCGUGCGCAUCCCAGCUAUCUUGCCUCCAGGGAUUGAUCUGGAACAGGUUCGCGAGGAACGCGAAUUGAUUUUGUACAACCGGAUCACCGCUCGCAAAGCGGAGCUGGCUAAGCUUCCUGCGAACCUCGGCGUGUGGGACACCAGCAAAAGUGAUGCACCUACCGGUGACGAUUCGCUGAAAUUGAAGGCUCUACUCGAAUACAAGAAGCUCAAUUUGUUGGGCAAGCAAAAGCAACUGCGCAAGCAGGUCCAAAACGAGAUGUUCCAAUUCGAAAACCUGGGAAUCACUGCCAACCGCUCGAACCAUCGCCGCAUGAAGAAGCAAUCGCUCCGCGAGGCACGGGUCACCGAGAAACUCGAGAAGCAACAGCGAGAUGCUCGUGAGACUAGGGAAAAGAAGAAACAAUACGACCAGCUGCAGGCCAUCCUCAACCAUGGCGCCGAGCUGGCCAACGCCACGAUCCAGCAACGCACUCGCUCUCAGAAACUGGGCCGAAUGAUGCUCCAGCACCACCAGCACAUGGAGCGUGAGGAGCAGAGGCGUGUGGAACGCACAGCGAAGCAACGUCUCCAGGCCUUGAAGGCUAACGAUGAAGAGACUUACAUGAAGCUCUUGGGACAGGCCAAGGAUUCGCGUAUUUCUCACCUGCUCAAGCAGACCGACACCUUCUUGAAGCAGCUUGCUGCCUCGGUCAGGGCACAACAGCGCAGCCAGGCUGACAGAUAUGGCGACGAUGAAGAGGACCUCGAAGAUGAGGACGAAGAGUUGGCUGAUAGCGACGAGGAAGACACUUCUGGAAAGAAGAAGAUCGACUACUACGCUGUGGCUCAUCGCAUCCAGGAGCAGGUCACGGAGCAACCCACUAUCCUUGUGGGUGGUACUCUGAAGGAGUACCAGAUGAAGGGUUUGCAGUGGAUGAUUUCGCUUUACAACAACAACCUAAACGGUAUCCUGGCCGACGAGAUGGGUCUUGGAAAGACGAUUCAGACCAUCAGUUUGAUCACCUACAUCAUCCAAAAGAAGAGGAAUAACGGGCCUUUUCUGGUCAUUGUCCCUCUCAGUACGCUGACCAACUGGAAUAUCGAGUUCGAGAAAUGGGCGCCCUCAGUCAGCAAAGUCGUCUACAAGGGCCCUCCCAAUGCGCGCAAGCAGCAACAGCAGCAGAUCCGUUGGGGCAAUUUCCAGGUUCUUUUGACAACCUACGAAUACAUCAUCAAAGACCGGCCAAUUCUCAGCAAAGUCAAGUGGACUCACAUGAUUGUUGAUGAGGGUCACCGCAUGAAGAACUCCCAGUCCAAGCUGAGCAGCACUCUGUCGCAGUACUACCACAGCCGAUACCGUUUGAUUUUGACGGGUACCCCUCUGCAAAACAACCUUCCCGAACUGUGGGCUCUGCUCAACUUCGUCCUUCCCAAUAUCUUCAAGUCCGUCAAGUCAUUUGAUGAGUGGUUCAACACUCCAUUCGCGAACACUGGUGGCCAGGACCGCAUGGACCUCAGCGAGGAAGAACAGCUGCUCGUUAUCCGCCGUCUUCAUAAGGUUCUUCGACCUUUCCUGCUCCGACGUCUGAAGAAGGAUGUCGAAAAGGACCUGCCGGACAAGCAGGAGCGGGUUAUCAAGUGUCGCUUCUCCGCCUUGCAGACAAAGCUGUACAAGCAACUUGUGACCCACAACAAGAUGGCUGUCAGCGAUGGGAAGGGUGGCAAGACUGGCAUGCGUGGUUUGAGCAACAUGCUCAUGCAGCUGCGAAAGCUGUGCAACCACCCUUUUGUCUUCGAGCCUGUGGAGGACCAGAUGAAUCCCAGUCGCAUGUCCAACGACCUUUUGUGGCGAACCGCUGGAAAGUUCGAGCUUCUUGACCGGAUAUUGCCCAAGUUCCGUGCUACUGGCCAUCGGGUCUUGAUGUUCUUCCAGAUGACGCAGAUCAUGAAUAUCAUGGAGGAUUUUCUUCGCUUACGUGGCUUGAAAUAUCUACGCCUUGAUGGUUCGACCAAGUCGGAUGACCGUUCGGAUCUGUUGAAGUUGUUCAACGACCCCAACUCCGAUUACUUCUGUUUCUUGCUUUCGACCCGCGCUGGUGGUCUUGGUCUGAACUUGCAAAGUGCGGACACCGUCAUUAUCUACGAUUCCGACUGGAACCCUCACCAGGAUCUGCAAGCCCAGGAUCGUGCUCAUCGUAUCGGACAGAAGAACGAAGUUCGCAUCUUGCGACUGAUCAGUUCCAACUCGGUUGAGGAGAAAAUUCUGGAGCGUGCGCAGUUCAAACUUGACAUGGAUGGCAAGGUCAUUCAGGCCGGAAAGUUCGACAACAAGUCUACCAAUGAAGAGCGAGAUGCUCUUUUGCGUACCCUUCUGGAGACCGCGGAAGCGGCGGAUCAAAUCGGCGACCAGGAUGAGAUGGACGAUGACGAUCUCAACGAUAUCAUGGCUCGGUCGGAAGGGGAACUGGCUACCUUUCAGCAGAUCGAUCGGGAGCGAGCGCAGAAUGGCGAUUACGGCCCUGGCCACCGUUAUCCCCGGCUCAUGUGUGAGGCCGAACUGCCGGAUAUCUACAUGCAAGAGGACAACCCUGUCACGGAAGAGGUCGAGGUCGAGGUGUCCGGCCGUGGGGCUCGUGAGCGCAAGGUGACCAAGUACGACGACGGUUUGACAGAAGAGCAGUGGCUGAUGGCGGUUGACGCCGAUGACGAUACUAUCGAGGAUGCUAUUGCCCGUAAAGACGCCCGUGUUGAACGUCGCCGAGUCAACAAGGAAAAGCGUGGGAAGAAGGGCCAGGACGUCGAAUCUUCGCCUGAGCCUUCUCUGGACGGCUCUGAGACUCCCCAGCAGAAGAAGCGCCGCCGUGGCCCUCCUCCCAAGCGCAAGGCUGAAGAGGUUGUCGAGGAAACCCCACAACCCAAGCGCAAGAGAGGCCGCCAGCCUAAGGUCCCGGAUACUCUGAGCAGCGCUGACCGCGCCACGUUGAACCGGAUUCUCGAGAGCACAAUCCAGUCCUUGAUGGAGAUGGAGCAGGAGAUCCCCGGCGAGGGCUCUGACAGCGAGGAAGGACCCGUUGUCCGUGCGAUCAUGGAGCCGUUUAUGAAACCUCCGCCGCGCUCGUACUAUCCCGACUACUACAUGAUCAUUCAGAAGCCCAUUGCCAUGGAAGCUAUUCAGAAGAAGGUCAAGCGAGACGACUACCAAAACCUGAAGGAUUUCCGCGACGACAUCCACCUGCUCUGCCAGAAUGCUCGGACGUACAACGAGGAUGGCAGUGUGUUGUUCCAGGAUGCCAACGACAUUGAGGCCAAAUGCGUGGCGGAAUUGAAGAAGCACACCGAGGGUCACCCAGAGUUCGCCAAUUUCGAUGACCCCGGUGUCGGGGAUGGCCAGUCGACUGGUGCUGAGACGCCUAUGACUGGCAGUACCGCUGGACAGCCCAAGCUCAAGCUGACGUUCAGCAACCCUAAUCGGGACAGCGUUAGCACUGGAAACGGCGCUGAAUUCGGCGAUGAGGAGUAG